GAUUGCCUAGAUAAGUUCGUGUGGAAGCGUAUCGGUAAUUAGUUUGAUUUCUCCAGAAUACAAUUAUGGCUCCGACACCGCAGGAAUCGAUACCUCCAAAUCCUGAAGUGACGACCCUAGAUGGUGAAACAGUAGUCAUAUCAGGAAUAUCAGGCAUCUAUCCGCAAAGCCAUAACGUCAAGGAACUGUCUGAGGUUUUGUAUGGGAAGGUGGAUCCUGUGGCCUCAAGCAAACUCCGAUGGACUUUCAACCACCCGGAAGUUCCGCCAUAUGUCGGCACAGCCCCUAAUCAGGGUCGUUACGAUGCACAAUUCUUCAAUACGCAUUUUCGACUCGCUGACAAUAUGGACCCUAUGAGUCGUAAAAUCAUCGAACAUACCUAUCAGGCAAUAUAUGAUGCUGGGUUAAAUGUGGAAUACUUUUCUGGUAAGAAUAUUGGAGUCUACGUCGGCUCUAGUUUUUCAGAAUCUGAUAAAGCCGCUUUUUAUGACAACAGUACGAUUAUUGGCUAUGGACUCUUAGGGAAUAGCAAAAGUAUGCAUGCAAACCGUGUUUCAUACUGGCUCAAUGGUCAAGGACCGUCUAUGACAAUCGACCAAGCAUGUACCAGUACAUUAGCUGCGCUAGAGCAGGCUUUCUUAGCAAUACGCCGUGGAGAUUGUGAUGCAGCGGUUGUGGGGGGUGCUGACAUAUGUUUGCAUCCUCAAACUUUGUUGCACUACGGAAGAAUCUGCAUGUUAUCUAAGGACGGUCAAACCAGAUCUUUCGACGAAAAUGCUCACGGUCUCGUCAGAUCUGAGGCGAUCGGUGUUAUCCUUUUGCAAAAAGCAAAACAUGCUCUCAGAAUCUAUGCAGAGGUGUCGCAUGUUAAAACCGAAUUCAACCCCCUUUUAACGGACAACGAAGCUAGCAAAAAUCUAUUCGCUCGUGAUCCAGAGAAAUUUGCUAAUUUUCUGCGUAAAUUCUACAACGAGACGAAAAUUUCUCCUGGACAAGUAGAAUACGUUGAAGCAUUUGGCUCUGCUGAAUCACGAUCUGACAAAGCGGAGUUAGAAGCAAUCGAGAAAGUGUUUUGCAAUGACAGAACAAUUCCCCUGCACGUGGGAAGCGUUAUGUCCAACAUCGGAUAUUGUGGGGCAGCUUCUGGACUGUGUGCACUGACCAAAGUGUUGCUGGCGUAUCAAAAAGGAGUAGUGGCAGCAAACCUCCAUUGUACGAACCCUCGAGGUGAUGUGGCAGCUCUGAAUGAUGGGCGUAUGAACAUUGUCACUGAACAUCAACCCAUACAACAUUCUUACACUGCUGUAAAUGGACUCUCUCUCACUGGCAUCAAUGCUCACGUGUUACUGCAAGGUCAUUAUAAGCCUAAGGACGUUAAUCGAUACAAGUCUAACAUACCACGUUUAGUGACAAUUUCUGGAAGAGAAGAGACAGCUGUUCAGGUGGUGAUCGACAAUUUAAAAUCGCGACUAAUAGAUCCUGAAGAACUGGCAUUAUUGCAUAAUAUUCAUGAAAAGAAAAUCUUUGGACAUAUGGGGAGAGGUUUUGUUAUUCUCGGUGAAAAUGAAAAUCAAGAGACUAUUAGUUUGGCUGAACGUGUACAGUACUACGAUGACGUGAAGCGUCCUUUGUGGUACGUGUAUAGCGGUAUGGGCUCGCAGUGGGCCGGCAUGGGCGCACAACUUAUGUCCAUACCUGUGUUCGCUGCUGCUAUUGAAAGAUUGCAUAAAGUAUUGGAACCAAAGGGGUUGGAUCUAAUCUAUAUAAUAACAUCCACCGAUAAGAAAAUAUUCGACAAUAUUCUCCACUCGUUUGUGGGGAUUGCAGCUAUACAAAUAGGACUCACUGACAUCCUUCGGGAAAUGGGACUGGUGCCUGAUAAAAUAAUUGGACAUAGUGUCGGUGAGCUCGGAUGCGGGUACGCAGACGGGGGCCUCACAGCCGAAGAAAUGAUCUUAUGUGCGUACAGUCGCGGACUUGUGUCAGUGGAAACACCUCUUAUUCGAGGAUCUAUGGCAGCCGUUGGCGUUGGAUACAAUGAGAUAAUAAAGCUAUGUCCUCCAGAGAUCGAUGUGGCAUGCCACAAUGGUCCGGACUCCAGCACCAUCUCGGGGCCAGAGAAAGAGAUGCAAGAGUUCGUCACUAAGUUGAUUUCACAGGAUAUUUUUGCCAAAAAAGUGAACAGCUCUAACAUCGCCUUUCAUUCACGCUACAUUGCCGAAGCAGGACCUAAACUUCAUGAGUACCUGAGCAAAGUGAUUAAGGACCCGAAGCCCCGUUCCGAGCGAUGGCUUUCCACUUCCAUUCCAGUAACGAAAUGGACUGAAGAAAAUGCUAAAUACUGCUCACCUUGGUAUCAUACAAAUAAUUUGUUGAACCCUGUGCUUUUCGAAGAGAUUAUGCAGCUUGUGCCUGAAGACGCAGUUACUAUAGAAAUAGCACCCCAUGGGUUACUUCAAGCUAUCCUGAAACGCUCACUGUCAUCUAACUGUCGUCACAUAUCCCUCGCUAAACAUGGACAUCAUAACAAUACGCUCUUUAUGUUAGAAGCCAUCGGAAAAAUAUACACAGAGGGUUUCAAUCCAAAAGUGAAAAUCCUCUAUCCUAAAGUAGAUUUUCCUGUAUCUACUGGUACACCAAUGCUGUCGCAUCUAGUAAAAUGGGUUCAUACACAGCAAUGGAAACUGUCUAAGUAUGCAUCUGCUGAGAACAGAACAACAGCUACCUGGAAACCGAUUAUAUCCAUUCAUGACAACGAGUAUGCAUACCUGAAAGGAAAUGUUGUGAGAGGAAAAACAUUAUACCCAUUUGCGGCCACAUUGGUUGCUGUUUGGGAUGCGUUAGCAAUGGCAUCGGGUAUUCCUAGGAAGCAGAUAUCAGUACAGUUUCGUGACGUCCAUCUUUACACACAGCCUUGCUUAUUAGACAUGCGACAACUAAGACUCAAUGUGGAUAUUUUGAGAAGUACUGGACGAUUUGAGGUCAUGAAUGAAGGAUCCAGAGUUGCUGCUGGUUUUAUAUACAAGAUGUCUAAGGAAAGUAGAAUACAACUUAAAGCGACUGAAACAAUUGAGGAUAAUAUGGAUUAUGUUGCUGAAGAUAUUUAUAAGUUGCUAAAUGAACGAGACUACGCGUAUAGAGACGAAUUUCGUAGCAUCCACAACGCAAAUUCAUCUUUCACGAAAGCGCAAGUGAUUUGGAGGGAUAACUGGGUAACUUUUAUUGACAGCAUGUUACAACUGAAUGUUCUGUGUCAUGGAGCUGUCUCACAGCCAAGUCACAUUAAAAACAUUGUUAUUGAUGUUGAAACACAUGCAAAAACGAAGCUGCAAGCAAUAAAUGGAAAGAAUGUAAUGUCAGCUGAAUGUUUUACGACUCUGAAUAGAACUGGAUGUGGUGGAGUACUGAUCGAAAAAGUAAAAUUUUGUGAUUUACCUCCACUUGUUGAAAACCAUAAACUACUGCCUUCCAAUGUAACUGAUUUGCAAAGCAAUAUAAACGAUGGUAAUUGUGAUGGUAAAUACUUUAAGGUAGAAGAACAUAAAUUGUUAAAGUCAUGUGUAGCACUACAAAGCGCAGGCUUGGGUGAUCUUAAUUCGCUACAUUGGGUCGAAACACCUGAGUUAGAAGAACAAGGCAAUUCAGUAACGGUUCGUUACGCUGGGAUAAAUGAUAAUGACGUCAAAAAAGCUGCAGGGAUAAUUCCCAGUAAGGGAAAUGACAACGGAUUUGGAAUGGAUUUCAGUGGUACUAACAACAGUAGUGAAGCUGUUAUGGGCCUGGUGCGCAGUGGAGCGGUGUGUACGCAGGUAUCACCUGAUCUGCUAUGGCCGGUGCCGGCACACUGGACACUAGAAGACGCAGCCACCGUGCCGCUGGCGUACGCGCUUGCCUUCUAUUGCUUCGGCAUUAAGAGUCAACUAUACCCUGGAAUGAAGGUUCUGAUACACGGCGGUACGGGAGCUUUAGGUCAAGCGGCCAUUUCAAUCGCACUGUACCAUCAGUGUGAAGUGUUUACCACGGUUAGCAGCAUCAGAAAGAAACAAUUUUUAAUGAAGCUCUUCCCUGAUCUAAAUGAAGACCACAUAGGCAACUCUCGUGACAAAACUUUCGCCAACAUGGUGCUGCAACUUACUAAUGGGGAAGGUUGUGACAUUAUCAUAAGCUGUGUCAAAGGUGGCUUGAAGAAUUCAACUUUGACGUGUGCAUCCUUCUGUGGGAUCACAUUCGACGUAACACAAGUCCGGACAGAAGACGACUACAGUUAUGGCAUGUUCUAUAUGACGAAACAACGAUCUUACAUGCUUGUCGAUAUGUUAAUGAUUUUUGACUCCGACGAAUAUAAGAAAAUGCUACAAUUAAUGAUCAGUGAAGGCAUAGCGCGAGGUUACGUGCGGCCACUGUCGCGGGUGGUUUAUGCUGCGCAGGCGGCGUCGCAAGCUUUCAAAUUACAGCUGGCCAGUCAGCACCGCGGUCGUGUACUGCUGAGGCUAUGUGACUCUAUCAUUCCGGCUCAGCCAAGGUUCAUAUCGCCUAGUUUAAACCAUUGUCCGCUUGUGCCUGCAGCUAGAAUGUUAUCGAUGUCGCCAGCAACCGAGGAUCAGAUGCCAUUGUUACAAAAACUUUGUAGCAUUGCAGAUAUCAAAGUAUCUGGUGAAUUACCUGAAAGUGUAACUUUAAUGGAGCUGGGAUUGAAUGACUCUAAACUACAGAUGAUAGCUUCAUAUUUAUUAAGCAAGCACAACAUAUCUCUAACUGUGGAAGAAAUACCACAUUUAACUGUAAGAAAAAUUAAAAACUUUGAGGAAAGCACAACAGAACCUGUUUUAAAAGAAAAGAAGGGCUUGGAUAACUUCUUUUCGUACAUUGAUUCUGACGAAUUACUUGCAACUACAGACACGGUAUGCCUCCCAACACUCGUCAAAGAAGCGACAUUGAGACCCGGUGAGAUUGAUCUAAAACGUAAACACUUGUACAUGGUACCGGGGAUAGAGGGUCACCACGGUCGACUAAGGGUCAUGUGUGAUCGGCUGAUGUUGCCUGCCACAGUACUUCAACCAGGACUCGAGUACCUUCAUGAGACUAUACCAGAAACCGCUCAUAGAUACGUCAAGACACUUAAGAAGUAUGGCAUUAACGAUGGAUUUUAUCUUUUGGGCUAUGAGACCGGCAUUCUGACUGUGCUAGAAAUUGCUUCUAUUUUAGAAGAUGAAGGUCUUACAGGAACAAUAUUCUGCGUGGGUCAUACGCCAAAGGAACUAAGCCUAUUUUUCGACCAAACACUAAGCGGAUUAGAAGAAGACGAAGCAUUACAAGAUGCUGUGAUAAAACAUAUGUGCAAAAUGAUGACUGGUGACGAUAUGACGAAUCUAUAUUUAAAUAAUGCUGUAGAUGAAUCGCCGUCAUGGGCAGAAAAGGUAGAUCUUUGCAUUCGAAGCUUAACGGGCCGGAUUUCAUAUUCUACUGAAUACGCACGUUUGCUGAUUGAAGCAGUUUACGAGAGAAUCCGUCAAGCACGCAAAUACGUGGCUCAACCUCGUCGAUUGAUGUCCAAGAUAGUAUUCCUUCGUGCGUUGUCAAUAAAUGAACGGGUAAAUGACUUACAGCAGUUCUCUCAACAUCUCAUAACUCAGGUUGACUUACGAGGACCACUGGCACAAGCUACAGCUGAUCCACGGUGUGCUGCCAUCAUCAACAACCAUCUUAGUGCAGACGUCCUGGAAGCAUUUGAAAGCAGUAACCUCUGUGAAAACUAUUUAGUGAACUUCGAAAUUCACAUGGGUAACUAUAGUGAUGAAGAGUAAAUUUACUCCGACAUUUAUGUCUUUAUAGCACCUACAUCAUGAGGCUACGGCGACUGCUUCAACUCCGGCGUUCAUUGGGAAAUCUUGUUGGGAAAGAUCCUUGCACAUUGCAUGUGAACACAACAUUUAAAUAAGCAUUAUACAAUCUACAUACAGUAGUAAUAUAGUGAAUG